AUGGACUUUGGCUACGACGAGUACGGAAAUCGCACCAGCGCCAAUGGCGGAGGCGGUGAACAGGGUGAAGAGGAGGGUAGCGCCGACGUGCGCUCUGUUCGUGAGUCGCGAGACAACUCCACGUGUCAGUUACAUGGUGCUGAGGAAGACACCCUCGGUCGAUCUCUCGACAACCGCGAUGUGGAGAACCACUCCGACUUUAGCGACGACGUUGAGCUUGUCAUUGGUGAGGAAGGCACUCAGCGUCUGGACCAGCCACUGAUAGACCAGAGCGAGGUGCAGUCGCACGGGCGUCGGGGCGUGGGUAGGAAUAGGGAGGUGCAGUUCUUGGUGGAGGACCGCCAUGCCGAGCAGACCAGCACAGUGUCCACAUCAGGUGUGCUGCUCCUCAAUGGCGAUCGCUGUCAACAGCAGCCACACGACGUGUCGGCUUCGCAGAGAUACCUAGACGUUCUCGCCGCCCUUCCCGAUCGCAUGCGUAACGUCGUGGUUGUUGGCUCUCUUCAUCACGGCAAGACAUCGCUGGUUGAGCUACUGCUGCACGAGAAUUCGUACCACAAGCGACAGGAUGAGGUUGAUCGCGAGAUGACGUUGAAAAGUCACGCGCUGACCAUUAUCACUGGGGGCGCAGUUCUGCAGCCGACGUCUCGGCAAAUCACUGUCAUUGACACGCCGGGGCAUCCGGAUUUGAUUGGCGAAACGGCGUCCGGCAUGCGUCUUGCGGAUGCUGUUCUCUUCUGUGUCGAUGUGGCAGAGUCGUUAAGUGACCACAGCGAACGGCUGCUGCGCCACGCCGUUGUGAACGAGCAGUUGCCGAUUGUCCUUGUGAUCACAAAGGUGGACCGUCUCAUAAUAGACAUCAAACUACCACCACUCGACGCGUACCGAAAGUUGCGCAUAGUCGUGGAUUCUGUCAACAACAUUAUCGCGAGCUGUGGCACCACGUAUGACGCCUUCCUCGUGUCCCCUGAGCGUGGUACGGUUUGCUUCUCCUCUGCCAAACUUGGCCUGUUCUUUUCACUGGAGACCUUCGCGAUGAAGUACGCAGCGUUGUACCCUAGCAUCAACGCCGCUGCGCUCGCGACAAAGCUGUGGGGGCAAGUCACGUAUGACAAGAAGGAGUUCAAGAAGAUCCUUAACUUCCGUCAACACCCCAGCUUUGUACAGUUCGUGUUGGAGCCGCUCUACAAAAUUGUCGCGCAUUCAGUCACGGGCGAGGCAGCGCAGAUUCUCUCGUCGGACCUCGCCAAGCUGCCCCGCUCACCGCUCUCAGCGCUUCAGGAGGCAAUGCGCUACUUCUGCGGCGCCCCUACGGGCGAGAUCUUAGAUGCGGUUCUUAGUGUGUUGCCAGCACCUCUGACUCGUUCGCAGUGGCUCUCCGAGAAGUACGGCGCCAGUGCGCUGUGCUCCAUGACGAUUGAGGCCACGGCUUCCGCCACUGAGGUGGAAAGAGACGCCGCCGCUACCGCGAGGGCUAACGACCUUGUCAUUGCUGUCGCAUCUCUCCAGCGUGUCUUCGACGACAAGGACACCCUUGCGGCUGUCGUACGCGUCACGCACGGCACUCUGCGUUUGAAUAGCAGUAGGAAGAGCAAGGGUGCAUGGGUGUCGAGUAGCCGCAACGAUGAACAAUCGAGACCGCGGCUAAUUGCCUUCGAUGAGUUCAGCAGUGAGGUAGAUCCGUACUACGAGGUGGAGGUAGAUGGUCUAUACCUGCGCACUGUGGAAGAUGGCUUUGUGCCCGUUCAACAAGCCACCGCGGGACAGACAGUAUACGUGACGGGAUUGCCGGCCCGAUCUGGGUCGCACGUUUUCCUCGUGGGCGGUGUCGCUGCGGCAGCCGUGUUGGCUGAGGACGAAGGAGCUCCCUGUCCUUCAGAAGCUCGCAGCAUGACUUCGGAGUGGGUCGCGUCCAUUAAGGUGCGCUCGCUGGGAUUUCCGCAGCCACUGCUGCACGUUUCGAUGGAGGUCCGCGACCCAACGAAAGCCAGCAGUGUUCAGGGUGGUCUCGGCGUGCUACUCCGUACUUCCCCUGGCCUUGACGUACACAAGGAGGAAACUGGUGAGUACACCAUCAGCGGUUUUGGGGAGCUGCAGCUGGACACCGCGCUGCACGAGCUCCGCCACGGCCUGUGCCCUAACGCGCCAGUCGGCAUCUCGCAGCCCUUCGUGACGCUUGCGGAGACCGUGCAGGACGCGGAGGGCCUUCUGGCCAUGACGGGCACUCGCCACAACUCGGUCGGCUUUGUAAGCGGUGUACUACCCCGCGCCUUCACGAACGCAAUCGAGUACGAGCAGCUGUGCCUCUUCUCAGCGGAGCUCGACGAAGGCCAUCAGCCGUGCAGACUGUGGACGGUACUGCGUCAUGACUACGGCUUUGAUGCGCUCGACGCGCAGCACAUCCUAGCUGCUGGACCGGACUGCACAAAGGGUCCCAGUAUUCUCAUUGACGACACCCUGCCAGAGGAGACUCAUCACACACUCAAGGUGGCUCAUCAACGUGCCAUCGUCUCGGCAUUCCGUGCUACCAUGGCGGCUGGGCCUUUGGUGGGUGGUAUGGUGCGCGGCGUUGCUGCGAAACUCAUCUUUGCCGACAUUGACGCGUCCACUCGAGACGCCGUCGUCUUGUCGAACGCGCGCACGGCACUCCGUCACGCGCUUUUUGGUGCGCGCCCUCGACUGAUGGAGCCAGUAAUGACUGCAGAGAUAUUGUGCACGCCCGAGUGCGUCUUACAACUUGGCGAGAUCCUGCAACAGCGACGCGGCGCGGUGCUUGGAGAGGAGCCUAUCGCCGCUACAACCCUUAUCCGAGCACGUGCGUUGGUACCCGCCAUGGAUAGCUUUGGCUUAGAGACGCAGAUACGCAUGCUUACGCACGGGCAGGCCUUUCCGCUCUUCCAAUUUCGUCAGUGGGACGUCGUACCCGGAGACCCGUUCGACGCCAGCAUUCACGUCGGCCCGCUAGAGCCAGCGAGGGGACAUCAACUGGCACGCGACUUUGUACUCAAAACGCGCUUCCGCAAAGGUUUGCCACAGAAUAUGCUGACGGACCUCUAG